AUGAGGUUCCGCCAUGAGGCGGCGGUGGCGGCGGAGGGGCGCACCCCCGCAUGGCUAGGGCCGCUGCUAGGUGCGGAGUUCUUCAAGUUGUGCGCCACUCACCCCUACCUGGUGAAGAACGAGUGCAACCAUUACUGCCUCGACUGUACGGGAGAGGACGACGCCAUCUGCUGCACCCAGUGCGUCUCCGCCCAUCGCAACCACCACAUCGUCCAGAUUCGAAAGUCGUCAUACCGCGAAGUGAUCCGAGUGGCAGAGUUGAAGGCGGUGGCGGACGUCUCGCAGGUGCAGACGUACGUCAUCAACUACGACAGGGUGGUGUUCUUGAACCGGCGGCCACAGGCGCCGCAGUACGGCGUCUAG